AUGUCUGAAGAGCCACAGGUGACUAUUCGGAAGGCAGGCCGAGACGAGGUCGACUUCAUUUUAGGUGAUGUUGAUCUGUCUUUGGCAAACUCCUUGCGGAGAACGAUGCUGGCGGAGGUGCCGACGUUGGCGAUCGAUUUGGUGGAAAUUUUGGUGAACACCAGUGUUCUGGCAGAUGAGUUUCUUUCACACAGACUGGGUCUCGUGCCUUUGGACAGCGAGGAUAUUGAUCAACUGAAGUACACAAGAGAUUGUACGUGUGAAGAUCACUGCGAAAAGUGCUCUGUCACACUGGAGUUGAGGGCCCACUGUGACUCCGACGAAACCAUGAAUGUCUACUCGAGUCAUCUCACGAUCGUUAGCCCGAACACCGGUUUGAACCUGGGUGCCCCGGUGGUGAGGGAUCCAGAAAGAAAGGGGGUUUUGCUGUGCAAACUCAAGAAACAUCAACAGCUGCAUGUCAGAUGCGUGGCCAAGAAAGGAAUUGCCAAAGAGCAUGCCAAAUGGUCUCCGUGCGCUGCUAUAGGAUUUGAGUAUGACCCUUGGAAUAAGCUCAAACAUACAGACUAUUGGUUUGAAGAAAGUGUGGAGGAUGAGUGGCCUAAAAGCGCCAACUGCGAAUGGGAGGAGCCUCCUGUUCCCGGUGAAAGGUUCGACUACAACGCAAAACCUAAUCGAUUCUACGUGAACCUGGAAACGACUGGACCGCUGAAACCGAAUGAAGUGUUUUCCAAAGGCUGUAUCGAGUUGCAAAAGAAAAUAGCCAACAUUGUCUUCGAACUUGACAAAUUAGACCAACAACAGCUCCAGGCACAAGCCAACGGGGCCACAGCAUACGCAGGACAGACAGUAUACGGUGGAGCCAAUGGUACGACAUAUGGCGAUGUUGUUGGCGGCGGACAAACUAGCUACGAUUUUGGAACCGGAAGAUGGUAA